AGUCGCUCUCAGUUCCCAGGAAAACGCGUUCAAAAGUUAGUGUGAGUGCCGAGCAAACCCAUGAAAGAACCCGGGCCACGGACACUGUUACAGCCGGACUUGUGCGCCUAUUGUUUUUUUUUUUGUUUUUUUUCCACUUUAAUUGUGUUAUUUUUAUGAGACUUAAAAAAGUGGUUUGUUUUUUAACCAGAAGUCGCAGGGAUUUCCUCUCAUCUCGAAGUUCCCAAGAUGAACCUCGAUCCGGUGGUCUGGAAUCCUUCUGUAAAGGUGCUGGUGGCGGCGCUCUUCUUCGGGCUGGUUUGUCACGCAGCAGAGCCUCCGGCAGCUCAGUGGUCCACCGAUGAAUACAAGAACCUCACUCUUCGGCGACACAGAACAUGUGUGGAGAAUGAGCAGUACCUCCACCAGGGACUCUGCUGCCACAAUUGCAAGGCUGGAACCUUUGUGCAGAAGGAAUGUGAAAGAGACCAAGAACCCGGGACGUGUCUCCCCUGUGAGCAUGGACAGACCUACACAGAACACUCCAACGGGAUGAACCGCUGUUUGCCCUGCACACACUGCCGCUCAGAUGAGAUUCAAACUGCGUCCUGCACCACCACUACAGACACCAGGUGCCAGUGCAGACCCGGCACCUUCUGUGUCCCGGAUCAGGCCUGCGAAGUCUGCAAGCGUUGUGCCAAGUGUAAAUCAGGGGAGGAGGAGGUGAAGAAGUGCACCCCGUUUUCUAACACCGAGUGUCGCAAACGGAAUCUGUCCCCGACGGAAACCUCCUCAGCCCUCCCCACACCGACCCCUACCUCUCCAGCAGACCUUGUUGCACCUAUAUGCCUUUCCCUGGCCUUCAUCCUCAUCGCCCUCCUCAUUAUUGGACUGGCUUUGUGGUGGUUCGUAAUCAAGCAGCGUUCAUGUGAAAUACCAUGUUCAAAGAGCCAUUGUGAUUCCAGUGAAAUCGUGAAGGUUCCCAUCGACGAGAGUGGAGCCACAGCGGAGGAGAGACAGAAUAAUCAGAACGCCGGCCUGGAGGGCGAGGAGUCCCGCCCGGAGUCGCGGCCCUUGCUGCAGGAGACCGGGAUGACCAAGGCCUCCCCUCCCAUGGAGGAUGAGGACCGGGGUCUGGGAGACAGUUUGCCCAACACCACCAGUUCUUCUCAGACUAGCCUGUCCGCCCUGCCCACCGCAGCCUCCUCCGAUAACCCCCCAAACACCCCACAGCAGAGCCCCACCGCCAUCCGACUCCCACCUGCAGUCAUGGAUAAUCCUCUGCAGCAUCGAUUGGUGCCUCUACAAGGGUCAGAAAGGUCCCUGAAGAAGAGCUUCGAUUUGUUCGACGAGUACCUGGACGUGCGGAUCCACAACAAGUUCUUCAGACUGAUCGGAGUCAGUGACAACCACAUUCGGAUCGCGGAGAACGGCGCCCCCGGUGACAAGGCCUAUGAGCUGCUGAAGAACUGGAUGCAGCGGCAGGGACUAAAAGCGGACAUCAACGACCUGUUAGAGGCUUUGCUAAGUAUGGACCAGCGGCGCUCGGCCGAGAACAUCGCCUCCGCGGCCCUGCAGAGAGGCUACUACAAACACGCCGACGCAGACGCACCCUGAAGUAACGGGGAACGCGAAUGAAGUAAACACAAAGUACUUAAUUCAAGAAAAAACUUAAAAAAGCACACGGACACUGUCGGUGGACUUUGUGUAACAGGCUUACCUCUUUGUGGCUGACCAGCCAUGUACUCAAACAAAAAAAAGCCAGUAGUUUUAAAAAGAAAACCACAAAAAAGGGGAAGGUCGAGCCGUAUUCAUCAGAGCUCUGAAGAUGUUGACUACUCGCCAAAUGCGGAGGUUGUAAUACCGAAAAAAUGAAGAAAGAGUUGUGUGGUCAAAAUCAACAACAUCGCCACAAAAGACAGAAAAGGAAAUUGUGUUGAUAAGAGAUUAACGUGAAGGUGUCCGCUUCCACAGGCUGAAAUGGCUGCAUGUUUUAGGCUCUAAUGGAGCAACAUGCAUCCAAAUACUGAAAACUUAGAUGUCUCUGGGCGUGUGUGUGUGUCUGUGUGUGUGCGUGUGUGUGUGUGUGUGUGUGUGUGUGUGUGUGUCACGCAUCUGGUCCUCAGAUCCCGAUACACUACCUGGAGACAGGGAUAUACACUGGUUUGUAGGAGUGGCAUUAGCUAUGUCACUAAUACAGUGCCUCAUUGAUGCACUGACCUCUGGCACAUGUAGGAUUUCAAAAUAAAAUCAUGCUAUAUUUGUUGUUUUAUAGAUUUAGGGUUCUCUGAGACCAUAUGUAAGAGUUUAUGAACAUUUUCCGGUCAAUUUGCAGCCUUACUAAUCAUAAGUUUUGCCUCUUCAGUGCCAUGUGAUCAAUCUAAAUUUAUUUAGCGAUCUGGAUGUCAUUAUGUUCAUAGAGCUCAGCGAUUCAAAAAUAGAUUUUUGAACAAUGGAGUCACAUUGGAGAAACGCUUUCCGUGUUCGGUCGUCCGGUCUUUUCUAUGCUCAGUGCAGAAGGAGUUUUCUAACAAGCUGUUUCUGUUGGAGCAGCUGGUAAUAGUCCAGCCAUAUGUUUCCAUAACGUUUCCACGUAACUUGGAGAACUUCAAAGGUCAUUUUAUUUAUUGACAUAUUUAUUAUAAUGAAUAAUAAUUAACUUUCGAUUAUUUAUACCGUUUUUCAAAGCAAACGACCCUGGAAAACAAAGCACGCACUGUAUCUGUGCGAUGACGCUUAGCUGCAGGGCCAAAAUGACUGACAUCAAGUUUUCAAAGUUGCAGUUGAAGCUCCGUAGUGGUUCAGUUUAAACUCUGUCUCUGCUCGCUGCACCGUGUAAAGUGUAGCACUCUGGUCCACACUGUCGAUGUGUCAAUGUUACAUGUGCCAUUUCCUCAUUUAGCUAAGUGUGGAAGCUUUCUCGAUGCUAAACGCAGAGUGUGUCAUUUCAAAUUGGAGUUGAGGUGACGUGCAAUCUUAGAAAAAAAGAGAACUGACCUGCUGAGUCCGACUGUUGUAGUGAACCGACUGCAGAUACGGAUUGUUUCGUCUCUGGUUAGACUCAGACAAGAUGAAGGAAACUUUUUUUUUCUGGAUUAAAAAAAAAAAAAAAGAAGCUCAAAUUCAUUCUGUCAUAUGUACAUACGAAUGUCCAGAGAGCAUUGAAGCCUCACAACCUGUAUAUGUGUAUAAAUGCAGCUCUAUUAACAAAACAACAUGAAUAUAGUGAGGUUGUGACAUUUUAAACUAGAUUUUUGCCCAUUUUCCUGCAGUCUCUUAUGUAUAAAGGAAAGAGUUACAGAGUUAUAUAUUAUUGCUGAAGAGUGAUGCUACAGUGCUGGCACUGCCAUCUGUUGACAGACAAUGAAAAUACAGCCAGCAUCAAUUUCUAGGGAUCCUAAACUCCCCUCUCUCUUUUAACAUUCUCCCUUUAACUCCUUUUGAAACAGUUCUCAACUCUUAGUUUGUUUCUUUUUAAAGAUUCUUUAUUUUAAGUAGCAUCAUGCAUGUUUUGUUCACUCUCUGGCACUUCAUGUCUAUGUCUUUUUCUAAAAUAAUUUAUAUGUUUUUACUUUUACAUAUCUCAUUGCCAAGUCCUAAGCUGUUCCUCUUGUGUAAAGAAUUAUUGAUUUCUAUCCAGGGUUGCCGUUAAGCCAUUUACCCCUUAGUUAUUGUUUGCUUGUAAUGGAUUUCAGAUAUAUAAAUUAUGCAAAUGCAUCAAAGCUGUUUAUAUGUCAAUUUUAAAUAAAUGUUUUGUACAGAUGA